AUGCAGACCUGGAAGACGGAGAACGCAAACGUCCACACUGCAGUAUUUGCAGGUGGAGCUGGAGGGAGCCCCCCGGGACUGGGGCGGGGAGGGUCAGAGAAUGCGGCUGCGCUCUGGAUUUCCGUGGAGGUGCGGGGGCUUGGAAAAGGAUGAGGCCCAGAAUGGAGCCCCGGAUCCUCUCUGCGGCAGUCUGGCCCUGCACCGGCCCCCCCCGCCAUUUCCCCAGCCUGCCCUUCACUCCCAGGGGAAGGGGCCGAGGCAGGCCCCGCCCAGAUGCCCGUUAACGGGGUGGGGGGAGGCGCGGCUGGCUGCCUAAUGCGGGCAAGGGGCGGGCGUGGGGACAGAGACCGAGUCCGGUCCGCGGAGGUGGGCCAGCCGACCCCCGCAGCCUCGGUGCCGCUCUGCUCGGACCCCGCGCCUGCCCGUUCUCUCCGCGCUCGUCUCCGUCCCCCGGGCGCCGCCCCACUCUUCCGUCCCCCCCUCACCAGGGUCCUCCUGCAGCCCCGCAGCUGGGCUCCUCCACGACUCCCAAGGUCCCCGCCGGACCGCACCGACUGGAAGGGGGGCGCUAGGACAACCCGCCGGCGCCGCGCAGCCGCGCCCCUUCACGCAGAGGCGGGGCGGGGCCCGGGCCCAGCCCCCAUCGCCUGACGUCGUGCG